CCUCCCACACUCUAGUAUAGUAUAAACGAACAAGUAUGGACUAUUAAACAAGCAACCUUUGUAAGCAGAGAGUGAGACUGCAAGAGUUUGGCACAUUAUAGGACGUACACUAGAGACAAACAAAAAGUGCUUUUCAUUGCAAGUGCCGUAGUCAUGGAAAUGGCUGAUGACAGCCAGUCAUGUGACACUCCCCUACACACUGCUGCAAGCCGUGGGGACUUAGAUGAAGUCAGAAAGCUUUUGAUAACAAAGCAAUAUGAAGUGGACACCAGAAACUCACACAACCAAACAUCUCUUCAUCUCGCAUGUGCUAAUGGUCACCUCGAUACGGUUUGGACACUAGCCAACGACUUUGGUGCUGACAUAGGAGCUAUUUAUAAUGGCAAUACACCAUUGCUUAUUGCUGCUAAGAAUAAACAUGUGCAAAUAAUUAUCGUGUUGAUCCUAUUAUCAAUGCUUGGUAGACAAGUCAUCAAUGGAAUAAGACUACCAUGCUCCUUUAGCCACACUGAGCUUGAUUCUCAUCAUGUUAAAAUCUUUGAGGAUGUCCUCUUUGAGUAUUACAAUAAUUCUAAAGCAGUGGAUAAAACUAUGCAAAUGAUCUCGAAUUUUUUUCUUGAUCAAUAUAAUGAUGUAGGCUUCUUUGCAUUGCUUGUAGCUGCAUCACUUGGUCUCAAAGACUUGAUUGAUCGGUUAGUUGUAGAAAAGAAAGCAGACCUCAAUAUAAAGGGCUUCCGUGGCUUGUCUGUUCUCCACUGUGCCUGUUAUGGAGGACAUGUACUGCUCGUGGAGAGCCUUGCUUCAAAAUAUGGCCUCAAUCCCGCAGAUAGAGAUGAUAUAGGAAACACACCUCUACAUAUUGCAGCCAUGAAAGGACACAUAGAAACAGUUAGACAUCUUAUCAGCAAGCAAAGUUGUAAACUUGAUGGUAUUGAUAAUCAGAGUAAUACACCAUUGAUGCUAGCUGCACUGACUGGUAAUUCACAUGUUUUGGAUGCGUUAGUCAAAGAAUUCAACAGCAGUUGUCAUGUCCGAGGAUACAAAGGUCGCACUCUCCUUCAUCAAGCUUGCAAUGGUGGUCAUAUAGAACUAAUAGACAAACUGGUGAUGGAACAGGGCCUCGAUCUCGCAGAUAGAGAUGAUAGUGGAGACACACCUCUACAUAUCGCAUCCAUGUCCGGACAUGUUGAAGCAGUUAGACACCUGAUCAGUAAACACAGUGCUGAUAUUGAUUGCACUAAUAAAAAUAAUAAUACACCAUUGAUACUAGCUAUGCUGAGUGGUCAUACACAUGUCUUGGAUGCGUUCGUCAAAGAAUUCAACAGCAGUUGUCAUGUUCGAGGUUAUAAUGGAUGCACUCUCCUACAUUAUGCAUGCAUUGGUGGUUAUAUAGAACUGAUGAACAAACUGGUUAUGGAAUAUGGCCUUGAUCCUGCAGAUAGAGAUGAUGAUGGAAACACACCUCUACAUAUUGCAGCCAUGACAGGGCAUGUUGAAAUAGUGAGACACCUGAUCAUUAAGCACAGUGCUGAUAUUGAUUGCACUAAUAAUAAAAGCAAUACUCCACUGAUGCUAGCUGCACUGAAUGGUCAUGCCCAGGUUUUGGAUGCGUUUGUCAACGAAUUCAACAGUAGUUGUCAUGUUCGAGGUUACAAUGGUCGUACUCUUCUUCACCAAGCAUGUGAUCGUGGCCAUGUAGAACUAAUAGACACGCUGGUAAUGGAAUAUGGCCUUAAUCCCGCAGAUAGAGAUGAUGAUGGAAACACACCUUUGCACAUUGCAUCCAUAUACGGACAUGUUGAAGCAGUGAGACACCUGAUCAGUAGGCACAAUGCUGAUGUUGAUUGCACUGAUAAUCGGAGUAAUACACCAUUGAUGCUAGCUGCGCGGACUGGUAAUUCACUUGUAAUAGAUGCAUUAGUCAAAGAAUUCAAAAGCAACCGGCAUGUCCGAGGAUACAAUGGUCGAGCUCUCCUUCAUAAAGCAUGCUAUGGUGGUCAUAUAGAACUGAUAGACAAACUGGUAAACGAAUAUGGUCUCAAGCUUGUAGAUAGAGAUAAUGAUGGAGACACACCUCUACAUAUUGCAGCCAUGACAGGGCAUGUUGAAACAGUGAGACACCUGAUUAGUAAGCACAGUGCUGAUAUUGAUUGCACUAAUAAUAAAAGCAAUACUCCAUUGAUGCUAGCUGCACUGAAUGGUCAUGCCCAGGUUUUGGAUGCAUUUGUCAACGAAUUCAACAGUAGUUGUCAUGUUCGAGGUUACAAUGGUCGUACUCUUCUUCACCAAGCAUGUGAUCGUGGCCAUGUAGAACUAAUAGACACGCUGGUAAUGGAAUAUGGCCUUAAUCCCGCAGAUAGAAAUGGUAAAGGAAACACACCUCUACAUAUUGCAGCCAUGAAAGGACAUGUUGAAGCAGUGAGACACCUGAUCAGUAAGCACAGCGCUGAUAUUGAUAGUAUUAAUAAUAAAAGCAAUACUCCAUUGAUGCUAGCUGCACUGAAUGGUCAUGCCCAUGUUUUGGUUGCGUUCUUUAAAGAAUUUAAUAGCAGUUGUCAUGUCCGAAGUUACAACGGCUGUACUCUCCUUCACUAUGCUUGCGAGGGUGGCCAUAUAGAAGUAAUAGACAUAAUGGUAAUGGAAUAUGGCCUCAAUCCUGAAGAUAGAAAUAGUAAAGGAAACACACCUCUACAUAUUGCAGCCAUGAAAGGACAUGUUGAAGCAGUGAGACACCUGAUCAGUAAGCACGGUGCUGAUGUUGAUUGCAUUAAUAAAACGAAGAGUACUCCAUUGAUGCUAGCUGUACUUAGUGGUCAUGUCCAUGUUUUGGAUGCGUUAGUCAAAGAAUUCAACAGCAGUUGUCAUGUUCGAGGUUACAAUGAUCGGACUCUUCUUCACCAAGCAUGUGAUCGUGGCCAUAUAGAACUUAUAGACAAACUGGUAAUGAAAUAUGGCCUCAGUCCCGAAGAUAGAAAUUUUAAAGGAAACACACCUCUUCAUAUUGCAGCCUGUGAAGGACGUGUUGAAACAGUGAAACACCUGAUCAGAAAUCACAAAGUUGAGACCAACAUCACUAACAAUAAGGACUCUACCCCAUUGUGUUUAGCAGCUCAAGGUGGGCACCAGGUUGUGCUCCAUGCCCUGAUUGAAGAGUUCCAUUGCAAUCCACAUGUCAGAGGCUACAAUGGUCAAACUCUACUUCAUUAUGCUUGCAAAGAUGGCCACAUAGAAACACUAAAAACUUUGAAAUCAAAAUAUAAGGUGGAUCCAACAAUUAGAGACAACGAUGGGAACACUCCUCUCCAUAUUUUGUGUCGUGCCCCGCAUACUGAAGAAGAGAAGCUGAGAUUAAUCCUUUGCAAGUUUCAGUACUGGACAGUGUUUCAAGUUAACAAUAAUGGCAACACCCCUCUUCACACAGCAACUCGAUAUGGGCAAGCUCGUUGUGCACGUGUACUAUUGCAGAAAUGCAAUGCUCCACUUUUUGUGCGAAACAAAGAUGGGAAGACAGCCUUUGAUUUAGCUAAAGCUCGGAAAAGUCAGGAAAUUAUCACUCUUUUCAAACAUCAUAAUUCUGAAAUCCAAUCAACCUACCAGCAACUAUACAAACUUGCUGAACAAGAUUUUGGUGGUGAAAAGUACCUCACAAGAAUAUUUGUUGUAGGUCAUCCAGGUGCAGGGAAAUCCACGCUUGUUGAAACUAUCAAAAAAGAAGGUUUCUUUAGCUUCUUUAGCACAUCAACUAUAAAACUCCACACUGCGGGCAUUGUUCCAAGUACUUACGACAGUAAUGCUUACGGAAGAAUGAUACUCUACGAUUUUGCUGGUGAUUUCGAGUACUACUCCUCACAUGCUGCAAUUAUGGAGUCUAUCGACACAUCGAAAGGAAGUAAUAUUUAUUUGAUAAUUUGUGAUUUGAGUGAAGGUGAAAAAGAGGCUGCUACAAAAUACAGCUACUGGCUUUCAUUUCUAUCAUACAAUAUUAAGCAAUUCUCACACACAGUUAUUUUAUUAGUGGGAAGCCAUGCUGAUGUCAUUAAAAAACCGUCAGUUGAACACGCAUUAUCUGUGCUUGACAGUAUAUCACAAAAGUUCUGUAGCAACUACAAAAUUAAUGAUGCACAUAUAGAACGAAGUGUUGCUCUUGAUUGUCGUAAACGAGGAGCUGUAGUGAAUGACAUAAAGAAACUCGCAAAUAGAUUCUCUAAAUUUGUAUCCCCCAUUGGACUUUCCCCGGAGACAAGCACCCUAUUGGGAUUGUUGAAAAAAGACUUCGAACAAGUUUCAGCUUGCAAAGUAAGCCUUCUUAUCUCUCACAUAGAAGAGACUGGAAUUCCGCUGCCACUAAAUUCUUUAUCGCUAUACACUCUCAUAAGAGAGUUGCAUGAGUUGGGUCUGCUAAUGUUGAUAGAGAGAGAAGGGGACUCCGUUGAGAACCACAUAAUCAUUCUCAAGAUAUCAACAUUCACGUCAGAUGUACAUAGUAAACUGUUUUCAAAGUCUGCUAAAGCGGAUCUCACCAAGCACAUCGAUCAACUCAAGCUCAGUGUAGGCAUUAUUCCAGAAUCACUACUGGAGAGAGUACUGCCAGAGUACAUCACAAAGGAAAGUCUACUUAAACUGCAGUACUGUCAAGAAAUUGAGAAUUUGCACGUGGAAGAGGACCACACUCUUUCUCAACUCACUUCUGAGACAGUAUUAACAGAGAAUACCACUAAAGAGAAAUCUCAUCUAUUUUUCCCUGCUCUAUGUGAUCUCAAGCUCGAGGAAAUUCAAUGGCCAAAAUCCGAAGGUGAUAAGAUUACUUUGGGAUGGUAUGCUAAAUGUGAUGAUGACGGAUUCGACUUCUUCCCAACACGAUUUCUUCAUGUGCUUAUCGUUCAUCUCUCCCACAGCUUUGCGCUAAAACAAGAUCUUCCAACAAGACACAGACUCUCUAUAGAAACUGCACAUUAUGAAUAUUCUGCUCAUAAUAGUUCUUUGAUUGCUGAGGUACAUGCUGCCAAUCGUCGUUGUCGUGUCUGGUCGACUGGUCUACAUUGGCUUAUGAAGAACGGAGUAGAGGUAUUUGUCGAUAUGCCUAAAGAUGCUAAUAAUAAAGAGCUUAUUGUACUAGCAAGGAGUAAAGUUCAAAAUCAAGUUGAAUGUGCUAACACUCUGCGAGCAGUUAUUCAAAAAACCGCCAAUACAAAAUUUGAAUUCUGUGCUAGUAUAGUGCCUACUGUUUACCUUCUUGAUCCGAACAAUCUCGAGGAUGAAACUUUUACAAAUGCUAGAAAAGCACCUAAGUAUUCUCUUAGAGAUAUUGAAAAAGCUCUAGCAGAAGGCACUUUGCAAGUCACAGAUAAAGAUGGAGAAUACUUUUCAACUCCAAUCAGAGAUUGGAUCAGCCCAACAAGAUUGGUUUCAUCUUAUUGGAAUUUUGUUUUUCCAAUGGAUACCUUCUUAGUUCACUCUGCUUUGCAAGGAGUACAUGGUGCUAAAUGGAAAUUGCUAGGAUUAAAUCUUUCGAUCUCUUGGACUGAAUUAGAUAUCCUUGAAAACGAAGUAUCUUUUCCUGGUGACAUUGCUAAGAAAGAAGAAGUAAUUCGACUGUGGAUGUCUCAAGAACCCACCUGGAUAGUGUUGGUAGACGCUCUCAGUCAACCUUCAAUGGGAUUGGCCAGUAAAGCAAGUCAAAUCUCACAAGAAUAUAAUGUGCCUCUACAAGAGAAAAUCUUUUGCAAAAACAAUUCAUCCCUCCUUCCUGACGAGGAUUUUCUCCAAUUGUUUGCCGCCAUCAUUGCCUCUCGAUGGCAGUGUCUUGCUUCUCCUCUCUCCCUCACUUCUGAAGACAUUGUGAGCAUUAAAAGAGAAGCAAGAGGAGCAGAGCCGAUCAGACAAGCACUCGUUAUGCUACAGAAGUGGGCAUCUAGGGAGACGGCAACUUAUGGUCAGUUGAGAGAGAAACUCCGUACACUCUCAGUGUUUAAUAUCUGAAAGUUAGUUCAUUCAUCACAGCAGAAAUUUAUGUGUAUAGCUAUAUGUUCCAUAUUCAUUUAGUUGUAGCUGAUGUACGUUAUAAAUGCACCUAUAGCAAAAUCACCUUAAUUGUUUGUGUCACUGAACUUUCAGGAUUAUGCUUUGCCAUUACAUUUAAGCAACAAUAAUGCUACACUGCACUUUUAAUUUGCAUACUGCCCUGCAAAUGCAAUGCACCAUGCCAACUUCAUCAAAUCGCACUUUUGCACCAUACAAAUUGCAUAAUUUUGUUAGCCUACUAGUUUCUUUUAUUGUCAAUUAUUACUGUCAAUGCUUCCCCCAAGUAACUUUGGUACAGUAACUGCUCAGCUAUAUAUAGGUAUAGCGAUGUACAAACAUUCUGUACAGCUCCAACAUUAAUGAUUUGCAAAGUGUUGCUCUUGCUCUGUCGUAAACGAGGAACCUCCAAUCAGAGUUUGAUUCGUUAGCAGUAGUUGAAGACGUUUAAUGAGGGCGAUCCUCUCCAAACUAAAUACAGUUGCCACUAUUUUCAGUUAUUGAGUUGUUGAAUAAGAUUCGGUAAGUGCGAACUAAGUACCUCCAAUCAGACAUAAGGAACUUACUUAGAAUUAUCAUCCCCUAUCGAACUUUCCACGGAGACAAGCUCUCUUUCAUGGGAUUGUUGAAAUACGUUCCAGCUUGCAAAGUAAGCGCUUCCUUAUCUCUCACAUAGAAAUUACACUGCUAUCCGAAAAGAGUUACAUCAACAUUCACAUUAAUGCUAAAGCAGACCUCAACAAACUCACGAUCAACUCAAGCUCAGUGUAGGCACUAUUCCAGAAUUACUACUGGAAAGAGUACUGCCAGAGUACAUCACAAAGGAUUAAGCUGCAUUACUGUCAAGAAAUUGAGAAUGUAUACGUGCAUGGAAGAGGACUACACUCUUUCUCAACUCACUUCGGGGCCAGUACGAACAGAAGUGCCACUAACGAAAAUAUUUUCCCUGUUCUAUAACUAUGAUCUCAAGCUCGAGGAAAUUCAAUGGCCUAAAUCCGUAAAAUUACUUUGGGAUGGUAUGCUAAAUGUGAUGGUGACAGAUUAGACUUCUUCCCAACACAAUUUCUUUAUGUGCUUAUCGUUCAUCAUUAAAACGAAGCAUGCCAACAAGUCCGCUACAGCUUCCGAUUUUUUGAUUGUGGAUAUAUAUACAAUAACACUGCCAAUCCUCGCUGUUAUGUCUGGUCAACUGGUCGAUCUUGCAUUGGCUUAUGGAAAACGGAGUCAAGGUAUUAUUUUGUCGAUAUGCUCAAAGAUGCUGAUAGUAAAGAACUGAAGGAUCGAGUGCAUGACAUCCGAAAUAAAGUAUAUUGUAGAGUGUUCCAAAACUCUGUAACUAUUAAAUUUUAUUCAAAGGUAGUUGAAGCAAAAAUGAAGUUCUAUGCUGGCUGUACCUUCUUGAUCUGAGCAAUAUCUUUUAAAAAAUGCAGAAAUGCACCUAAAUAUUCUCAUAUAGAUCUCAUUGAUAAAACAUUAGCAGAAGGCACUGAGCGAGUCAUGGAUAAAGAAGGACGAUGCUUCUUCUCUCCGAUAAAAGAUUGGAUCAGCCCAACAAGACUGUUUACUUACUGGAAUUUGUUAAUCUUCCUUGGUGAAAUUGCUAAGAAAAGAGUAUUUCGACCGUGGUUGUCUCAGAAACCCUCCUGGAUCGAAAAUGUUGGUUGAUGCUCUCAGUCAACCUUCAAUUGGAUUGUCCCAGAAAGAAAAGCAAGUCUCACAACAAUACAUGCAACGUAACUCUACAAGAAAAAUUCUCGAAGGCAAUUCGUUUGUCCGUCCUGGCAAGGACUUUCUUCAAUCGUUUGCUGCCAUCAUUGGCUCUCGAUGGCAGUGUCUUGCUUCUCCCCUCUCCCUCACUUCUGAAGACAUUAUUGUGAGCAUCAAGAGAGAGACAAGAGGAGCAGAGCCGACCAAACAAGCACUCGUCAUACUGCAGAAGUGCAUGGGAAACCAGACAGACGGCAACUUAUGAUCAGUUCAUAUAUCUGAGAACUUUAGUAUCAGGACAAGUAAAUGUACCUGUAGCUACGUUCGAUUGCACCUAUAUAACUAUUGUUAUACGUCACCAUGUUUGUGUCUUAGAACUUCAGAAUUUAUGGUAUUACCUUGUCAAUUAAAUUAUAAUUAUUUUCAAUACACCGCAUGCAUGCAUAGCUAUUUAUAUACCGCAAUUAUUUAUAGUAUCAUUUGGUUACCUCAAUUCUUAUCAGUCAUUGUUUCCCCAACCAAUUUUUGUACUAGAUCUAGCUAUAUAUAAUAUAGUUUUCCUA